CAGAGCCGGGGAGAGAACCCAGGAGUCCUGGCUCCCAGCCCCCACUCCCCUCCCAGAGCCGGGGAGAGAACCCAGGAGUCCUGGCUCUCAGCCCCCCCUGUUCUAACCACCAGCCCCCACUCCCCUCCCAGAGCUGGGGAGAGAACCCAGGAGUCCUGGCUCCCAGCCCCCACUCCCCUCCCAGAGCCGGGGAGAGAACCCAGGAGUCCUGGCUCCCAGCCCCCACUCCCCUCCUAGAGCCGGGGAGAGAACCCAGGAGUCCUGCCCCCUUGCUGUGGGCCUUUCUGCAGCAGUUGUCCCUAGCUCUAUGUAGCUGUAACCCCACUGUCGGCCCAAAAUGUGACUGAAAAUGAUACUCCCAAGCACUUCCUCAUUCAAAGUCUCAGACACCUCCUUGACAAAACUCCCAGCACCCCUCAUUGCCUCCUCCGGCAAGGAAGAGAGACGGACUGUGCCGUGGGGCUCAGCUCAGAGCCGGCAGGGAUCCUGAGCCAUUCCCCAGCCCUGCGCCGGGGAGGAAGGGAGCCGAAGGCGUGGGACACACCAGGUCUCCGUGCCAGUGUGGAGAGUCCCCAGUCCCCGGGGAGGCAGGAUGAGCCCCGAAUUUCCCCUCCUGGCCUCACUGCUGCUCCUCAUGCCCGGGGCGGUUGCCUAUGGCUUCAGGAACUGUAUCCAGUCCAUGGAGAACCCAUGCAGCUUCCGGUGCAUCCAGCGCUUCCUGAAGGACAUAAUGAGCGCUGUGGGCGACCUGCCGCCCAAUGCCACUUUCAUCAACAUCUCCCACAACUUCAUCAGCCGCCUGCCUGUGGCCAGUUUUCGCCACCUGCCACACCUGCAGCAGCUGCAGCUGGUCUGUAACCGCCUGGAGACGAUAGAGGACUGGGCCUUCGAGAACCUUGGUGCCUUGCACACGCUCAACCUGUCCAACAAUCACUUGGCCAACCUGUCCGAAGGGGCCUUCCGAGGCCUGGGUAACCUCACCAACCUCUCCCUGAGCAAUAACCCCCUGAACACGAUUCACCCCCAUGCCCUGCAGCCCCUGGGCAACCUCCGCAUGUUGGACCUGUACUCCUGCCGCCUGGUGAGCUUCACCGACGUGGCCUGCAGCCUGCAGGGGCUGACGAGACUGCGGGUGCUGAACCUGUCCUGCAAUAGCCUGCGUUCUCUCAGCUCCAGCUGUCCACUCCCCCUCUCCCUCUCCAUCCUGCAUCUGUGCAACAAUUCACUCAGGGCCGUGGACGGCGGCAGCCCACGGCUCCUGCGCCACAUCCAGAACCUGGACCUGUCCUACAACAACAUCUCCAACGUCAUGUCCUUUGCUCGCGCCGAACUCCAGAACCUCAGCUACCUGCUGCUGAAGGGGAACCCCUUGGAUGUCUUCCACCUUCUAAACGUGUCCAGCCUGCGGCCUCGCAGCCUGGACUACUCCGGCCUGCACUUAGGCAACGAAGGCGUGAGCAAGGUCUGCCAACGCUUGGGCAAGCACCAACUCAAGCACCUUCGGCUGCAGAGCAACAACAUCCAGGAGCUGAGGAACGUGUCCUUCUCCCUGUGUCCGCCAAUCCGGACUCUGGACCUCUCAUGGAACAAGCUCAGGUGGCUGGACUGCGUGGACAAGUGGCAGCACAAGACUCUGGAGAGCCUGGUGGUAGAACAUAACCUGCUGAACGGACUUGGCACUUGCCAAAACUCCUCCUUUUUGGAGACGUUGCAGAAUAUCAGCUUCCGCUACAAUCGUAUCCUCUCAGUCAAACACUGGGCAUUCAGAUACGCCCCAAAUCUGCGCAUCCUCCGCCUCAACAUCAACACCAUCGCCUACCUGGACAAACAUGCCCUGAAGGGGCUGUACAACCUCACUGAGCUGCGGCUGGACAACAACCUGCUGACCGACCUCUACAGGCCCAGCUUCGCCGACCUGGUCAGACUCCAGACCCUCAACCUCCGCAAUAACCGUGUCUCCAUCCUCUUCCCCAUGGUCUUCGGGAACCUCCACCAGCUCCAGAUCCUGGACCUGGGGGGCAACAACAUCCGCAACUUGACCAAUAAGUCAUUCAGCGGCCUAAGCAGCCUCUCCAAACUCUACCUGGAUGGCAACUGCAUCAAGAAGAUCAGCAGCGACAUUUUCUGCCCGGUACAGGCCACGCUAGAGGUGCUGGAUUUGACAGGCAACAAACUGCAGUACAUCACCAAGACGCAGCACAAGAGCCCACCCUUCAGGCACCUGCACAAACUCUAUGAUCUCAAGCUCCAAGCUCAGCAGCCGUACGGCAUGAAAAUAAUCCCCCCCAAGUUUUUCCAAGGCCUGGCCGCCCUGCGCUCCCUCUAUCUGUCAGAGAACAAGCUGCUCUCCAUCUCCCCAGAUGCCUUUGACGACCUUGCCCAGCUGCAGUACUUGAGCUUGGCUGACAGCUGCAAUGGCAUGCAAGAUCUGCCGCCUGGGAUCUUCAAAAACCUGCGCCGCCUGCAGAAACUGAACCUGGAGAACGUGGGGCUCCACUCGCUGACGCUGGAGGUCUUCGGGAACCUCAGCAAUUUGAUCUCGCUGCUCCUGGCCAAGAACCAACUGCAGACCGUCAAUGCAAGUGUGGCCAACGCGCUGCACUUGCUCAAGUACCUGGACCUACGGAAAUGCCCCCUGAGCUGCACCUGCGAGAACCUGUGGUUCCAGAACUGGCUGACCAACCGGUGGGUGCAGGUGGUCUAUCUCUACAACUACUCCUGCGACUCCCGCCAGCAGCUGGGCUACGUGUACAGUUUUGACACACACGUCUGCUUCCUGGACGUGGGGCUGUACCUGUUCUCUGUCACCACCCCGGCGCUGCUGCUUCUCAUGCUGCUGCCCCUGGUCUACCACCGCGCCUACUGGCGGCUCAAGUACCAUUUCUACAUCCUGCGCUCCUGGGUGAACGACCGCUGGAGGAGGCAGGACGGGGAGCACUUCCAGUACGAUGCCUUCGUCUCCUACAACUCCGCUGACGAGGGGUGGGUGCUGGAGCAGCUGGUGCCGAGCCUGGAGAGCUGCCAGGGCUCCUUCCACCUCUGCCUGCACCACCGGGACUUCGAGCUGGGGAAGAGCAUUGUUGACAACAUCGUGGACAGCAUCUACAACAGCCGCAAGACCAUCUGUGUCAUCAGCCGCAGCUACCUGCAGAGCGAGUGGUGCUCUCUGGAGAUCCAGCUGGCCAGCUACCGGCUCUUCGAGGAGCUCAAGGAUGUCUUGGUGAUGGUACUCCUGGAGGCCAUCCCUGACCGGGAGCUGUCCGCCUACCACCGCAUGAGGAAGGUGAUGCUGAAGAAGACGUACAUCCGCUGGCCCCCGGAGCCUGCGGCCCAGAGGCUCUUCUGGACCAAGCUCCGGAAGGCUCUGAAAGGCAGCUACACGGAGGAGGAGGAGGAGGAGUUGUAUCCACUUGACAAGGAAGAUAAGCCACUCCUGGAGUCCACAUCCCAGCUUGGCUAAGGAAAUGGGAGUUUCCAGUGGUUCUAUACCACUGCCAAUCCCCAUCCCCUACAGCCCACCACUUCCUCUAUCGCCAGCAACUUCCCCACCUCACAACCUCUAGUGCCCACAGCAAGCAGCCCGCCAGGGUCUGUCUCCGAGGCUCAGCUUGCUCCUGUCUCUCGGGAGUUUUGCCACUGGCUUCCCUGGGAGUAAGAGCAUCCAGCCCCCACCUGGCCUCGUGGUUGAAUGAGCCUCGUGAGUGACAGAACUGGGCAAUGGGACCCGAGCCCAGUUUGAAUUCAUCUCGGGACACACUGGAAGCAACAGCACUAGAGGGACUUGUAGGUAAAUUCUGACCUGGGAUGCGGGACAGCCAGGACUGCAGGGAGGAAGGGAGCAGAAUUCCCGCAGACAGCUGAACUAUCCUCAGAGUGCUCCAGACAGGAACUAAUUAACCCUCCCCACCCCCACCCAGGAGGUGUCUUUAUCCCUGUUCUAUGGAGGUGACUUCUACAAGGUCACCCAGCCAAUCUGGGGCAGAGCACUCCUGGAGCCCCCCUGCUCUAACUCACCAGCCCCCACUCACUCCCAGAGCCGGGGAGAGAACCCAGGAGUCCUGGCUCCCAGCCCCCCUGCUCUAACCCACCAGCCCCCACUCCCCUCCCAGAGCCAGGGAGAGAACCCAGGAGUCCUGGCUCCCAGCCCCCCUGCUUUAACCCACCCAACCCCACUCCCCUCCCAGAGCCAGGGAGAGAACCCAGGAGUCCUGGCUCCCAGCCCCCCUGCUUUAACCCACCCAACCCCACUCCCCUCCCAGAGCCGGGAAGAGAACCCAGGAGUCCUGGCCCACAGCCCUCCCUCCUGUUCCUUCCAUCUGGGAAUUCAGUCUCCCUCAGUCGGGCCCCUUAAGCUUCCAGGCCGGGGUUGGGGACAGAAAUGGACCAUGCUGGGUGGGUCAGAAGCUUGUCUCUCUCCCCACAGAAGCUGCUCCAAUAAAAGA